AUGGCUUUUGUGUAUCAAGGAGAUCCCGAAUUGGAAUCCAAAGCAAAGAAAGCUGCGGAAAGAAUAUCGGAGAAUAUGCACAUAGUAGCCAAUGAGCCGUCAUUGGCGUUGUACAGGCUUCAGGAACAUGUUAGAAAAGCUCUCCCACCCAUGGUUGAAAGGCGGGUAGAGGUAACGAAAUUGCAACAUGAACUACAAGGGAGAUGUUAUGACGUCGAGUAUGCUCUCAAUGCAGUUAAAUCAAUGGAUGGUGCAGCAACCAGUUUCAAGAACAUCCAAGAAAUGUUAAAGCAGUCAAUAUUUUUGAAACAGCAGUUAAAAUAUGAAGAAGCUAGGCGAAAUAAAAAAGAUUCUAAUUCUGUUUACAAACGUCUCUCUGCUCAUAUUGUUCUCGACCUUCCGGAUUUAUCCGAGUUCUCUAUGGUUCGCGAAACUACCAAUAGGAUAGAGACUAUGAUGGCACAAGCUAGAGGUUCAUCUGCUGAACUUCACAGAUCUCAUACUACACUACAUUAA